CUAGAAAACAUUCAGACAUUUUUAUAGGCGGGUACAAACGGAUACAACGUAAUGAUGACGUAAAGCAGCGUUGGAUAUCGUCUGAGUAUCUGCUGACGUCAUGAUAAAGCCAGUCAGCAUGACGUCAUGCGAUGACGCGCUGUUGCCACACACUGCACUGUCACGACUGUUCGCAGCCAUUCACAAGGUGUGUGCCACAGCUUUGCUGGAACAUUCUCAGCUUUUAAACCUCCUGGAACUCUGGGAUCGCCUUCGCCUCCUGCCUUUGUCUUCCACGUACUACGCUAACAUUAUCACUCAUUAUCACUCAUUAUCUUCUUGGUCAUGCGCCGUUAAGCAUUGUCCGGUCACAGUAAUGAGCUUUGAAGAGGACAAUGAAGCCUUUAUAGUCUUAUGUUUACAGGUGUGUCAAAUAAACAAAUGGUUGGACGUGGUCUAGCCUUGUAUCAAGAGCUGAGUAGCGUCAUCGAGUGACGGGACCUGCGCCUGACUCCCACCAUGGCUGAUGCCGGACUGCAACACAACUCGACAAAUGGAUCCUGGAAUGUCUCCGACCAACGACAAUCGUUUGCUGACGUGUUUCCGUUGAACGUUCGGGUGGGGAUAGCAGUCGUCAGCGUGCUGAGCGGCGGCACGUCACUCUGUCUGCACGUCAUCUUCCUGGUGACCAUCGGCGUCACUCGCACCCUGGGGCCUCACGUCUACCACCUUGUUGCCAAUGCAUUUGUGGCGGAAAUACUCGUCGCCCGUCGUUGUCUCUAUGGAGGUGAUGAACAUCCUGGCCUCCUCCCCGCUGUCUGACAGUCUGUGCACCUUCCUCGCCCUCCUGCGCCUGCUGAGCGUCAGCGUUCUCCUCACCUCCUACGCUCUUCUCGCCUUCUUCCUCAUGAUUGACAUCAGCCAUCCCAACUGGUUCUUCCUGACAGGGAGAAAAGAGUUGAAGGCAGCAGCGGUGCUGAUGGUGUGGUUGGUACCUGUGUGUUUUCUGACCAUUCAUCUCUCCGACACAGCGGUCUUCACAAAGUUCUUGAUGUCCUGCGAGUUUGUAGACCACUGGCUGGAGUUCUUCAUGGCGCUUUUCCUCCACCUGCCGUCGUGUGUUAUCGUCUUCGUCUUCUACUUCAUCACUCGAAGAUUUCACGACAAGUUCCUUAGCUUCAUGGUCGGAUUACGAGUGGACACGUGUCUGCUGCUGAAACAUGAAUCAAAUACUCUGGUCUUCAACACCUUGCUGUGUCUCCUAGGAGAGUUUGCCCUCUGUCAUGAACUGCCUCGAGUCAUCAACCUACUGAGCUUUUCAACUGACUCCGUGAGGUUGGCGGGCUUCCUGUUGUACUUGCUGCGAACGUCCAUGGCCGCCCUCACCUCGCUCCUUGUCAACACCGACCUUCACAAGGCUGUCAAUGUGUUGUUCUCGAGAAACAAGGGGAAAGUGCAAGAUGUCUUUGACCUCGGCUCCACCGGUGGCGAAAGAGAAAACCUGGUGGAAAACAAAGAAGUUAAUGAGCCACAAAUUGUGCCCAUCCUGUACCCAGACGGAGAGGACGGGACUGACCCGACUGUGGCGACAUCAGAUAACUACAGAGAAAUCAAGUAGUUAACGGUCAGCUGACUCAGAAUAUCAUGUUUAUGGAGCCGUAGAAUGGAAAUCUUUCGCAGUUUUGUGGGCAAUCGUGAUAUUGCACGUCAGAAACAAAAUGACAAACUUUUAUUUUUUUAUUCUUUCCUUUCUAUCUGUCGCUAUUUUUUAAAAUGGGAAGUAAGAUAAACUGCAACAAUACCAUACAAUGUCUAACAAUAAGAUUCUAAUCUAUAGAAGUACUCUAUUGUUUUUACAAAAAAAGGAAGUAAAAUAUUUUCGACGGUUUUCAUUUAAAAA